AAUAAAGAAUGAUAAAAAAAAAAUAAAAAAAUUAAGUUACUUGACCAGUUACCUACGGUUCUUAGUUUUCAUUGGCUCGUUUCAGACCUGCUAUACCUGUUUGAUUCCCACUUAUUUAGCUCGGCUCGUACCACCACAUGUAUCGACAUCCCUCUAGGUUAGCAGGUGGCUUCUGCUCGGUUUGUGAAAAUUAAGUCUGCGAAAUUUCCCGACGCCAUCACAGACUUCCGUAACAACUCUCUCACCAUUCCACUUCCCACCUCGAACCCCCGACCCUCGAUAAUUCCUCCCUCCCGUGGAACAGGGCCAAUUGGCAUCCCAUCGCCGUUCCGUGCACCGCUGAUCGAUCGCUCGUUCCGUCUCUUAUCACAUAUCGGCCCAAUGUCUACCACUUCGGGAGUCAACGUGCUCCGGUACUCGGCUCUUGUCCUGGGUGUUUUCUACGGUUUAACGCACCAGAGAACUAUCAACGCUUCGCAAAAGGCCGCCGCAGCAAAGAAGGAGUAUGAACAUAAGCAGCAGUUAAUAGAAAAGGCGAAGGCCGAGUAUGCGAAGGCCAAGAACCCUCCUGCGACUUCUAAUAAGGGUCCUCUAAACCAAGAUCCGAUGGACCCCAACUUUGACUUGGAAGCCUAUCUUAAUGCCCUCGCAGCGCAAAAUCCAUAGGGAUGUAAUAAUAAUACUACCAGGCCCGGUGCGCGUGGAAAUGCAAUUAGAGACUAGAGGCAGAGACGGAGGGAAGGCCAAGGGAAGGGCCAGGAAAAAAAAAAACUCAGUACGGCCGAAGUUGGAUCGAAGCUGCUUCCUCUACCGACGACUUUGCAGGCUCUGUGUAUGGUUGCGAUACGGUUCUAAGAGAAAAGAAGAAGAAAAAAAAAGCACCUCAUAGAUUUCCUCGGGUUUCACGCUGUACAUGUGUACAAUACGAAGACUUACCUAUGCUAACCUAGACCCAUUUGGCAUUGGGAUGGCCGGAUCUUGCACGACCGUCAUGUUUAUAGUACGGCCCUUGACGGCUGGGGUUCAAUUUCUUCAAGUGAAUUAUAUAUUAUUUUAACUGUCACUUCCCCAAUCUCAAAUAUAGUGUCUACUACGUCUGGCGGAGUGACUGCGCGAAAAGAGGCCUGCCAACAUUAUAUUGAUUUGAGAGUAAAUACUGAG